GUGAAGCGUCAUGAGUGAAGCGUAGUAUUGAGGCUCAAUACAGCCUGACGCUGUGAAUCUCUAGAGGUAUAAAAAGGGCAGACGUUUCCUGUUGAGAUGAUGUUUAGAACCACCAUUCCAAGCUCUCAAGCCCUCAAGACUCACAGCAAAUCUUCUUAACAAUCUCAACAACACCUUAAAAUAUUCUCAAAAAGAAAAUUCCACAUCAAUCAACAUGAAGUUCACCACCACUGCCGUUGUAGCAAUUGCUGCUUUCGUUGAGUCGGCUUCUGCCCUCGGCAAAGCCCGCGUUGUCAACAAGUGCCCCUACAGCGUCACUCUCUGGUCCGUUGGCAGCGCCAUCUCUGCGCCAACAACCCUCGCUCAGGGUGGUUCAUAUGGCGAGACCUUUUCUCGCGAUCCUGUCACCGGCGGCCGUGCCAUCAAGGUCACGAUUCAGUCCGAUGGCCUCUACACCGGCAAGCCAGAGACCAUUUUCGCCACAAAUCUCCAGGACAACACCAUCUGGUAUGACCUUUCGGAUGUCUUCGGUGACGCCUUCAACGGAAAGAAGGUGACUGUUUCAAGCGCAAACACUGCGUGCCCUACAAUCACUUGGUCAAACGGUGUUCCUCCUGCGGGAAGCCAAGUCAAGAACUGCGGCGCGGAUAAGGAUGUGACUCUGACGCUGUGUGCUUAAAACAACACACUAGCUAAAGAAAGAGUAUAAGUGGGAUCAUGGUGUAAUCAUAGAGUUGAGCCUGGUCAGGCGUAUGUUAGUAACGAAUAAUGACAUGAAUUAUGAAACUUCU